AUGGCAGACUCACUAAAUUCAGUCAUCACUGUCACUUCCGACAAGAACAAUAAUGUAUCACCAACUCAAGCAAACUUCAAAGCCUUGUCCCCAAAAAAUGAUAGCAACAACACCGACUUAGCUCAGAACGCUCCAUUCAUGACGACGAAACAAACCAACGAUACACCAAAUGAAGGUGAGGAACGUAUAAGCCCCGUCUCUGAAAAUCCUACAAAUACACCGGUUGGAAAUACGGUGCGCGCACGUAAAUCUACCAAAGAUCAACCCAUUACAAUGCAAGGAAAUCUUGGGCCACAAAACAAUAAAAUCCGCCAUCUGAAAAAGGAUGACGGAGAGCCUUUGUGGAGAAAGGAUAUCCAAUACGAUUUUCUGAAACUCAUAUUUGAAGACGAGAACGCCGUAUUUACUAAUAGUUACGAUGACUCCAUACCGAAGCAGACCUUCGCAGACCUCUAUAUCGAUGCGAUGGCUAGGAGUAGUAAGACGAGUAAGAUCUUGAGGGAUAAACUGCUGAGCGAACAUGAACCAGCCAAAAAUAUGGCAAUGGUGUGCCUUUUGGUCAAUCUUGGUCGCAUGAACACCACUCUGAAUUUUUUCCCAGAAAUGCGAGCACAACUUCGUACCUACCACGCCAUUCCAUCUUUACAAGCUCGACAAGACCCAAACUCCUACAAGCAGCUUCAGGAUGCACCUCGACUCAAAUCUAUACUGAAGGGGGCAUCUGAGGAUCGGCCUGAACCUAGUGCUUUGGAGAAGUUCAAGACAACGCCGAUACCUCGCACAAACCCAGUCAAUCUUAUCUUUGUUCUUGCUUCAUUUGCCUCGAAGGUUACAGAAUUACACUUCCCUACAACCCGUGAAUUUUUUGACCUCAUCAUGAAUACUCAGAUCACCAGCAAGUCGAGGGCGAAGGCAUUCUUAUGGUUGAUGUGGUUCUAUCUUGAGUCUGAUUUUACAGAAGAAGGGGCAGACGAGAAUCCCUUUGGAUCCGGUGUUGAUUAUCACACUGACGUCAGAAAUCAAGGGGUUCCGCGUUUACAAGAUAUGACAGAAGAGGAGGAAGUACUGGAGAACGUCGAUACAGAAGAAGAGUUAGAGUACGGUCAAUCCAAAAUGCGCGAACGUAAACGAAUUAUCGAAGCAGACCAAAUCGCCUUUCAAGCAGAACACGGACCGCCAAAACGUGGUCCCAAGCCGAAGCUGAAUUUACCCCCCGAUGAUGGUCCCAGUUCAUCUGCUAUUAUGAGUCGUGUUCGACCUCGUUAUGAUGAUGUGAUUGGAACUCCUGGUGGUUUGAUUAGUAAGGUUCGCCCCAGAUACGAGUCUGAUCUCGACAGCACACGCUCCACCCCGCCCCCUCGAGCUUUUGGUGCCAGCAACAUGCGUAUUAACAGUGUUCUUAAUGCAGGUUCGAGAAACCGAGGCGUUAGGAAUGGUGAAGAGUCUUCUCCAGCGCCGGAGAUACCAGCUACACUUGCGAGACGACAUCGACCACUUACAGCGCAUCAGAUUGCAGUAGAGAGGAACAGGAACCAGCGAGUCGAUUACGUUUUAAGCCGGGGCAUUAGAAAGGCGCAUCAUUCGGCGAGAAAGUUACGCAAGCGGGAAGGCGCUUUUAUUCGUGCAUAUAAGAGGACGGAAGCGACGAUAGAUCCAUUUAGCGACAGCGAGGGCGAGACCCAUCCUAGGAAUACCUACCCCUUCAAAGAACGAGGAUUUGGUGGUCUAAUUCAGUUGGAAACUGAAGAAGAUGAUUUUGGAGAAGAAGUGUCAGCAUAUGCAGCUGCUUUCCGACGUGUUGGGAGGAGACUCGACCGUUGGGAUGGUCAAAAGGGACUAAAUCUUGGAGUUAUUGGUACUAAUCGCGUUUCGACAAUCAACGGCAUCAAUGGUCACGGCGCGCGAGAUAGCGAUGAAACCGAAGACGAGCAAGACCAGCCAAUCAUUUAUCAAUCGAAGCAUCAGACGAAUGGACAUGCAAGCGUACAAGAAGGAGGGGAUGAAGAUCUUGAUGAUAUAGACAAGGAACUCUUGGGUCUGGUGACUGAUAACGACGAUGACGAUGAUGAUCUUGAUAUGAUCGAGAAGUCAUUAUUGGGGAUUGGUGGAGAUGAAACGGAGGGAGAUAUUAGCGAUACGGGAAUGGAUGUGGAUUAA